AUGGCCACCCCAAAUCCUGGCUCCUAUGAGGAUCAGCAGCGAGCCCCUUCCUGCACAUGGACACAGGGCUCACCUGUCCACAAGUCUGUCUGUCCUGCAGAAUCGCUCCUCCUUCACUUCUUCAUACUGCUGACUGAAGAGGCUCCAGAGACAGAGUCCAAGGGAAAUGGAGUAAGGCCGGUGGCCGGGUCUGCUGAGUCCGCAGCAGGUGCAGGCCCAGUUGUCACCUCCCCAGAACAUCUUCCCAUGGAUUCUGACACUGUUGACUCUUCAGACUCCGAGUCUGAUAUCCUUUUGGGCAUUCUGGACAAGUUGGACCCUGUCAUGUUUUUCAAAUGUCCAUCCCCAGAAUCUGCCGAUCUGGAGGAGCUCCCAGAGGUCUACCCAGGACCUAGUUCCUUACCAGCCUCCCUUUCUCUGUCAGUGGGGACCUCAUCAGCCAAGCUGGAAGCCAUUAAUGAACUCAUUCGCUUUGACCAUGUAUACACCAAGCCUCUAGUCUUAGAGAUCCCUUCUGAGACAGAGGGCCAAACUAACGUGGUAGUGAAAAUUGAGGAAGCACCUCUCAGCUCUUCAGAGGAGGAUCACCCUGAAUUCAUUGUCUCAGUGAAGAAAGAACCUUUGGAAGAAGACUUCAUUCCAGAGCCAAGCAUCUCAAACCUGCUUCCAUCCAGCCACUGUCUGAAACCAUCUUCCUGCCUGCUGGAUGCUUAUAGUGACUGUGGAUACGAGGGCUCCCCUUCUCCCUUCAGCGACAUGUCUUCUCCACUCGGUAUAGACCAUUCUUGGGAGGACACUUUUGCCAAUGAACUCUUUCCCCAGCUAAUUAGUGUCUAAAGAGCCACCCCACACUGGGCCCUUUCCUUGACCAUUAUACUGCCUAGAGGAUAGCAGAGAAAGAUUCCUUUAAAGUAUUCUUUUAAACCUCAUAUCUGACUUCCAAGUAUUGUCUUUUCACAUCCAGCCAUCUAAGGUAUUCAAAAAUAAUGGAAUUCAGGACUACA